AUGCCACCAUCGGCAUCGCUGUCACAGAGUCCUACGAUCCGCAUUCCGAAAUCGAGCCCUACGCCAGGGAUCUUCUCCAUCACAACCGCCCUUGCUAGGUCAGAGUGCCCUGGAACAACGGAUACAACAGCCCCGGGGGAUGAGCGCACUGCCAAAGGGCUUCCAAGACCAACGCUACCAUACAAGAGAUUCCUCGCGUCCUCUGUAACCUCACUCGGUCCGCCUGCGCCGCUCACCCAGAACACGAUAUACCCACACAUUGCCGCCGCAUCUAACUCGAGUUUUCCCCCAUCCUACCUCUUCGAUCACUCCCAAGCUCCACAUACUGCGAAGUCAGACUCUGCCAUGAUGUACCCCACCAACUUUGAUGCUGUUGAUAUGAGGAGGAUAUACUCCAUAGGCGCCGGCGAGGGUGCGUCAGACGCUCUCUCCGCGCCGCAGUCGGUGCCAACUAUGAGCCACAACUCGCGCGCGACGUCGCACACUGCUUUUGAACCUGAGUUCGGCGAGAAAAGUGUCUCUGGUGAUGAGACCUCUCCUCGAUCUCGUCUUCGGGAGACUCUGUCAGCUACUGGUGCAGGUAUGAUUGUGGUGUGA